UAGCUUCAAGAACAAGAAGAUUCUUAUUUUUAAUAAAACUUUAAGUUUUUAGUUUUAUUUAAUUGUUUUAUUAUUAUGUCCUCCAAUUUGGCAAAUCUUUACGCAUUUAUGCGUCGUAGUUUUGGUGAUUGUGGAUUAAUGUAUAGCAUUCCACCAUCAUAUUUGCAAAAACUUACUGGCGAGACGAAGAAAGUUAUAUUUGUUUAUGAAGAGGACAAAAACAAAAUGAAGUACAUAUCCAAUUUUGUUUCUCCCUCAAAAUUAAACAUCAAACAACAAGAAAACGAUCUUAAUCUUACCGGAUCACCUCUAAAAGAUGAUUGUGUAGUUGAUGCCAUUGACAUGUCCAUUGAUCUCAAGUACUCUGCUGAUACACCUUGGUCUGCUGAAGAAGAAUGCUACAAAGGUGUUCGACUCGAUUUUGCUCGAUCGAUUCUAACUGAUUUCAACUUUCAAAAAGAAUCAAUUAACUCUAGAGGAUCAGUAUGGAUCCUUUGUUCUGGUGCCGAUGAUGACAAAACAGUAUUGCUUGAAAUGGAAUUCGAACCUAAAUCAAAUAUACGUGGAAUGGUUGUGUUUAAAGGUGUCAUUCCCACUGCAAAUGUUACAUCCCAAGAUAUAUUUCAACAUUAUACACAGUUGACAAACAACAAUUCAAAGAUCAACACUCAAAUUGAAAAUUUAUUUAACAUUAAAUCAAAUAUAAAUUUGAAAGUCUCAUGGUCCACUGCCUCGUUGACACCUUCAUUAAAUAAUCUGAAAAAUAGCGAUGUGGUUCUUUAUCAGACAUUUUCUGUCACUGAAUGUUCUUCGUUAACUGAGGAUUUCUUAAAUCAAUUGAGGAUAUUAGCCUACAUCAAGGAAGACAUUGUAGCUUUUAAAGAAAGCAAAAAGGAUAACAGUGAUCCUGUUUAUCGCUGUGGAAGAGGCAUCGAAAUGGAUUUGUUGAAAGAAAAAGUUUUCAGCAUCAUGACAGAACUCUCUGGACUCUUCGACAUGGAUAGUACUUGUUUUGAAAUAGAAGCAGUUGUCCAACGUGCCAAAGAACGCACCCUCACCGAUCUCACUGACAAACUGUGGGAAGUUUUAAAAUGUUGUUCGUCAUAUAGAGAGCUUAAGCAGGCGCUUAACUAUGUUUUUCAAUGUGCAGCCAAAUGCAAUAUCGUGAACUUGCCAACAAAUAACAAUAGAUUAGCGGAAAUAAUUAAUGAGGUUUCACAACAACGAUUGGCCAUACCGUGUCUGACUGGUUCGGAACCGUUGGAACUACUUCUGGAAAUCGGAUUAGAAAAAUUGUUUAAGGACUAUGAAUUCAUAUUUACCGAAUGCAAAAUGUGUAGUUCGAAUGAUUUAAAAGCUACUUACUCACCCAAAGCAGAAGAUGCUGAUUCUGGGGAGAUACCAAUGAAUAUUAGGAAAUCUAUCCGAAGUGCUAUACGACCAGAUGCAACGCCAUCCUCUCAUCGCAAGACAUUUUUGCACAGCAAUUCGAAUGGCUCGAAAAAGAAUCGAGAAUCGGAUGUUGUCGGAUUUCAAAAUAGCGUUUUUAAUCAAGUAGAUGUCGAGCUAAAAUUGGCUCGUUUAUUGCAAAUUCAUUUAGCUUUAGAACAUUUGCUGCUGAUUCAGAUAAAUUUGAAUUUAGAAAAUGUUCAUGUUUAUGUUUGUGAGCAAUUGCUAAAGAAGAAGCCACGAAUUUAUAAGACCAUUGAUGAUUCAUUGGUUGAUAAAAUUGAAAUUCCUUUAGCGUCAGAAAGUGUUAGUCAGCAUUUAGAAGGCAAAGAUCCAAGUUGUCGUAAAAUAACUCUCCAAUCAAAAAAUGCUUUCCGAGAGGUUCAAAGUACAUUUUUUUAUUCUAUGGAAAACGUGUUUCCAGCAAAUGCAGCGGAAUGUUAUCAAACCGAUGAUAAAGAAAUGAUAAAAGAAAAUGUGUACUUCUGUUGGAAUUAUACAAAAAUAAAAUCUCGAAGGUGUUAGUUUUAAUUUAUUAUGUAUUUAUUGUUAAAUAAUUUAAAUCCAAUAAUAAUAAUUAUUAUCAAUAGAGAAUUUUGCCUUCGGUCUUCCUCAUUUAUUAAAUU